UCCCCAAGAAGCCUUCCCUGAUCCAUACAUCCCCAGCUCUUAUCUUGGGAUGGUGCCCAAUUUCUGACAUUUCAUCAUCACUUGAAGCUAAAGCCUACUGCAAGUCCGAGUCCCUUUACUUGGGCUCCUUUACGUAUUGCUCUUAAGUCCCGCGAGUGUGCUGUCCUGUGUGAAUGUCAGCAAGAACUGCCACAUAAGGCACCAAGUGGAGAGUGCCGGCUUGUGAGCGACUGAGGACGGGAGGACAAAGAGGAGCGGGUCUUGGAGCACAGCCCCAGCUGCAGGACGAGACUGCCCAGGUGCGGUAGGGCUCCUGGGAGAGCAAAGGAAGAAAACGCCUGCACCUGCUUCAGCCUAAGCGUCUCUCUGGACCUGUCCUUCCUGGGAGCUCACUUUCAGGUGCAGGCCCUACCCCAGCACCAAGCCAACCACGCGGCAGGCAAGGGAAGGGGCAGUGGGGGUUUCGUGUUCUUUGUUUCUAUUCUACUCCUACAAAGAGGUAAUGCAUCGUUACAUGGAUUACACUGUGAUUAAACUAUUAGUGUACUGUGGUACUGAAAAUGGGGGGAGAGGGUGUGCACAGGGUCAUAAGAAGUUCGCCUGUUUUCUACCUUUGCCCAAGGGUGAAUAAAAAUAAAUCCUGGGGCUAGCAGUGGAGAACUUACUUGCCUAGAAUAUCAAAGCCCUGGGUUUAACCCCAGCAUCCCGAAAACAAAAACAAAAUUACUAUGCUUGAACUUGGAUGGCAUAGUUAGGAAUAUUACAAGCCCAAAAGGGGGUGAGAAGUUCAGGUACACUGGGGGUGAAGAUUUAAUUUGGCAAAAAACAGGGACAAUGUCUCUCUUCAGGUCUCUGCCACACCGCUCCGAAGCCAGGAAGGGAACUCGAGGCUCCGCGGAGCGCUGGGCUCGCGGCACAUGGGCUGCCAAGGGUGGAACUGGGUUUAGGAGCUCUCCAUGUACCCCAGUCCCCAGCUCUCCUGUUUUUCACUCUGGAGCAAAACGGGAUUCCAGGAAACCAGAACGCCUUUGCCGGGACUGCGCUCUCAAGCUCUAACCGAGUCACUAGGCAGCUGCGCAGAGGUGGUGCCUACGGAAUUCCUACAGCCUCUCGGAGAGACCCAGCAGUCAGGAUCUCGUCCCGCCGUCCGGGGCGUGGGGGCCUGCGGGGACACAGUUGCAGGCCCGACUUCUAUUGGUGGGUUCCGCAAACUGCACCCCCCACUCCAGCCCACCAGGUGCAGCUCAGCUUCAGCAGCUGCGGUCGCCCGCCUGGGAGCUGCGCUCCGGGACCCCCAGCGAGGCGGGAGGGCGUAGUGCGCCGAGCGGAGCUGGACAGCACGGAGCCCUUCUUUUUUCUCCACUGGAAAAGAGGGUCCAGGAGGACUCCAGGCAGAAGCGCCAAAGGAAGGCUGCAACCCAAAAGGGAGCAGGGUAGGGUCACCUAGACCUUCUUUAGUCCUUCCCUGGGACCCAGGGUUUCCUCUGCACCCCCACCCGCCCAGUCCACGCCGAGGUCUCGGACCACGCUCAAGUCCCCUACUCAGCAGUCCCGAGAAAAGGCGCCAUGGAAGCCCGGAGCCUCUCGACGGCCACCCCGGGCGCAACCCUUCUCGAGGACCGGGACACCUGCAGCCCAACCCCGGGCAGCGGCGUCGGGUCCACCCCGGAGAGCGCGGGCUUCCUGCCUGGCCGGGAGCCGCCCUACUCCGUCUUCACGGUGCUAGUGGUGACUCUGCUGGUGCUGCUGAUCGCCGCCACUUUCCUGUGGAAUCUGCUGGUCCUGGUCACCAUCCUGCGCGUCCGCGCCUUCCAUCGCGUGCCUCAUAACUUGGUGGCCUCGACAGCCGUUUCGGACGUCCUAGUGGCAGCACUGGUGAUGCCUCUGAGCCUGAUGAAGGAGCUGUCGGCCGGGAGACGAUGGCAGCUGGGCCGGAGCCUCUGCCACGUGUGGAUCUGCUUCGACGUGCUGUGCUGCACCGCCAGCAUCUGGAACGUGGCGGCCAUCGCCCUGGACCGCUACUGGACCAUCACGCGUCACCUGCAGUACACGCUGCCCACCCGCCGCCGCGCCUCGGGACUCAUGAUCGCGCUCACCUGGGCGCUCUCGGCCCUCAUCGCCCUGGCGCCGCCGCUCUUCGGCUGGGGCGAGGUGUACGACCCCGGGCUCCAGCGCUGCCAGGUGAGCCAGGAACCCUCCUACACGGUCUUCUCCACCUGCGGCGCCUUCUACCUGCCUCUCGGCGUGGUGCUGUUUGUCUACUGGAAGAUCUACAAAGCGGCCAAGUUUCGCUUCGGCCGCCGGCGCCGGGCUGUGCUGCCAUUACCCGCGACCGCAGAGGUGAAGGAGGCACCUCAUGAGGCUGAGAUGGUGUUCACAGCACGUUGCCAAGCAGCUGUGACCUUCCAGGCAAAUGGAGAUUCCUGGCGGGAACAGAAGGAGAAGCGAGCAGCCAUGAUGGUGGGGCUUCUGAUUGGAGUGUUUGUGCUAUGCUGGAUUCCCUUCUUUGUGACUGAGCUCAUUAGCCCCCUCUGUGCCUGCAGCCUACCCCCCAUCUGGAAAAGUAUAUUCCUGUGGCUUGGCUACUCCAAUUCUUUCUUUAACCCCCUGAUUUACACAGCUUUUAACAAGAAUUACAACGAUGCCUUCAAAAGUCUCUUUACCAGGCACAGAUGAAAGGGGCUGAAGACACAAAAAGGCAGAGUUCUGAGGAGGAAUCGAACUUUUAUCCAUCACUUUCAGUGAUCUGGGAGCCUUCUCUCCAUAUUUAAGUACUAAUGAUGUUUUUAAAGUUACACUGUUAAGCAUGGACUAUGGAAGCUGUGCCAUACACUUGCUGUCUCAUGAAGUAUGGGAAACAUGUAACUAUGCCUUCUUCCCAUAGAGCAGGCAUUGCCAAUGCAUCAUCAUACAUUUCCCCAUAAGAAGAAACUCCACCUUAGAAUCCUUUCAGCACAACACUUGAGGUUGUUACUUACUAAUAGCAUUGACACAGGGGUCAAACUGAAUUUCUCUGUCGAGUGCCCUGUUUCCCUGUGUAGAUCUCUCAGGCCUCUCUAAAGACCCUCUCCUUUGUGAAAGACUUCCUUCUCUCAUUCAGUGGUCUCAACUUACUUUCCUCAGCCACUUACACGCCCUAAAAGGCAAUAAAGUAAUACCUCUGUUGGCGAGUACUUCUGUUUUCAAACAAUUUGGUUCGAAAACAAAAUCAUUCAGCAAAAUUUUGCUUCCAUUUGCAAACUCAUAAGGUCAGAAUCAUAAUCAUGGCUAUCUUUCUCACACACAGCCAUCUUCCCCAUCAAAAAACAAACCAAGGCACCACUAUAUAUCCCAAAUUUGCAGGAAGAUAAGGAUGAUGUUUAGUAACAAACCUCAGUGGAACUCACACCUACCAAAUCAAAUUCUCAAAGAAGUGGUCUGUUGACCUAUAUAUAGUACAUUCUAUGACUUUUAAAUCAGUGGGAGAUGCUGAAUACACAAUACUCUUUAAAUAGGGUAAGCUAGCAUUCCUGGUGGAUGACCUGGGAAUCAGCACCUUUAAAAGCUUACCACACUUCCAAUGUGUAGCUAGAGUUGAGAACCCCUGAUUUCUUCGCUGUUUCUUCAUCAUAUGGGAGACAGGACGUAAACUUUUCCCAUUACUUCACCAUACCGACUUGUAUGUGUAA